GGAGAGGCCACUGUCUCCCGCCCUUUCGAUGCCACGACAGUCCCACUUUUGGAGACGUGAGCAGCGCGUAUCUGACAUCCGGAACCCCAUCUGCCCCCACCCUUUCGCUCCUUCCACCCCCCCCCCACCCCCCCACCAUUCAGUCCUCUAGCGGUCCAGGUGGCAGAGCGCACUUCGACCGUGGGAUGCAGCCUCUCAUCUCCAACACAUGGACAGCGGAACUUGGAGCUGCCGCAGCGCGCCCCGGCUCCACUAGCUGAAGACGCCACCUCUCAACGGCGGAAAGAAGAAACGACGCUUCCGCGCUUAACGCUUUGGACUUCAGAUAAAAGGAUAUACGUCUUCCCACUUCUCGUUUUUCUUAUAUUUUCUAACCACAGGAGAGCAUAAACAGUUGUGUUCAAUGCGCAACCAUGCUCAUCAUCUCGUCCCGCAGCGCGCUGCUGUCCGUCUACUACCCACAGAUCUUCCUCAUCCUCACCAGCGGGCUCUGUCCUCUGUGGUAGCUCUAGGUGCAAACAUCAUCUGCAACAAGAUACCGGGACUGGCCCCCCGUCAGAGAGCCCUCUGUCAGAGUCGCCCUGACGCCAUCAUUGUCAUUGGCGAAGGCGCACAGCUGGGCAUCAAUGAGUGUCAGUACCAGUUCCGCUACGGCCGGUGGAACUGCUCCGCCCUGGGGGAGAGGACCGUCUUUGGACAAGAGCUGAGAGUAGGCAGCAAGGAGGCAGCAUUCACUUAUGCCAUCACUGCAGCUGGAGUAGCCCACGCAGUGACCACAGCUUGUAGCCAAGGCAACCUCAGCCAGUGCGGCUGUGAUCGAGAGAAACAGGGCUACCAUGACGAAGAGGAGGGCUGGAAGUGGGGAGGCUGCUCCGCCGAUGUUAAGUACGGUGUGGAGUUCUCGCGGCGCUUUGUAGACGCCCGUGAGAUCAAGAAAAACGCCCGCCGGCUGAUGAACCUGCACAACAAUGAGGCGGGGCGAAAGAUCCUAGAGGAGAGGAUGAAGCUGGAGUGUAAGUGUCAUGGUGUGUCUGGUUCCUGCACCACUAAGACCUGCUGGAUCACCCUGCCAAAGUUCAGAGAGAUUGGUUACCUGCUGAAGGAACGCUACAGUGGAGCAGUUCAAGUAGAGCCGGUCCGGGCCUCGCGCCUCCGCCAGCCCUCCUUCCUACGACUCAAAGAGGCUCGGGGCUACCAGAAGCCCACGGACACAGACCUGGUGUACCUGGAGCGUUCGCCCAACUAUUGUGAGGAGGACACAGCCACAGGAAGCACAGGAACACGGGGAAGACUGUGCAACGGCACUUCGACCCACACGGACAGUUGCAAUUUGAUGUGCUGCGGCCGGGGUUACAACACACACCACUACACACGCAUUUGGCAGUGCAACUGUAAGUUCCACUGGUGCUGUUUUGUCAAAUGCAACACAUGCAGUGAGAAAUCCGAAGUUUUCACCUGCAAGUAGGGAAUGGGGAA